UCGUCUAACCUGUUCCCGGCGCCUGCCCCGCCCCGUCCUCGGCUCCCCGCAGCCGGAGCCGGAGCCGGAGGAAGCCCCCCGGUGCCAAAGUCUGCCCCGGAUCUGCGCCCCGCUCCGGCCGGCCGGCACCAUGGACAGCGAGGCAUUCCAGAGUUCGGGGGACAUUCUGGACCUGAAAUUCCAGUCUCUAGCCAUGAAGCACAUGGACCUGAAGCAGAUGGAGCUGGACACGGCGGCGGCCAAGGUGGACGAACUGACCAAGCAGUUGGAGUCGCUGUGGUCGGACUCGCCUGCGGCGCCUCUUGGCUCCCAGGCCGCAGCGCCUGCUAGGCUGCCCCGGUACAGCACCAGCCCGGUCCCCGAGCCCUUGGGCAGCCGCGGGCCCUCCCGGAAGGCGACCACCGACGGCGCAGACACCCCAUUCGGACGCUCGGAGAGCGCCCCAGCUCUGCUCCCCUAUAGCUCGCUAUCCGCGAAGGGCCGGCCGUCGUCACCGCGCACCCAGCUCUACCUGCAACCAGACGCCUACGGCAGCUUAGACCGCUCGCCCUCGCCCCGGCCCCGCGCCUUCGAUGGCGCAGGCAGCCCCCACGGCCGGGCGCCCUCCCCUCGACCCGGCCCGCUCCGACAGCAGGGUCCCCCCACGCCCUUUGACUUCUUGGGCCGUGCCGGCUCCCCGCGUGGCAGCCCCCUGGCGGAAGGGCCCCAGGCCUUCUUCCCGGAGCGCGGGCCCUCGCCUCGCCCCGGGACCGCAGCUUACGACGCGCCGGCUGCCUUUGGGAGCCCUCUGCUGGGCGCAGGCGGCAGCGCCUUCGCCCCGCCUCUGCGCGCUCAAGACGACCUAACGCUGCGCCGGCGGCCCCCCAAAGCCUGGAACGAGUCCGACCUGGACGUGGCUUAUGAGAAGAAGCCCUCGCAAACUGCGAGCUAUGAACGUCUGGAUGUCUUCCCGCGGCCUGCUUCGCCAGGCCUGCAGCUGUUACCCUGGAGAGAGAGCAGCCUGGAUGGGCUGGGGGCCACCAGCAAGGACAACUUCACCAGCGCUACUCUGCCCCGCAAUUACAAGGUCUCCCCUCUGGCCAACGACAGGCGUUCUGAUGUGGGCAGCUACCGCCGAUCACUGGGCUCCACGGGGCUGUCAGGCACUUUGCCCCGAAGCUGGCAGCCUGUCAGUCGCAUCCCCAUGCCUCCUUCCAGCCCGCAGCCCCGCAGUGCCCCCCGCCAGCGCCCCAUCCCCCUCAGCAUGAUAUUCAAGCUGCAGAAUGCUUUUUGGGAGCAUGGAGCCAGCAGGGCCAUGCUCCCGAGCUCCUCCAUCUUCUCUCGAGCUCCCCCACCUAAGAUGCCUCCCCAGCCCCAGGCACCCCCCCAGCCCCAGCCCCAACUACAGCCCCAGCUGCCCCCACAGCCCCAGCCGCAACUACAACCCCAGCCUCAGCCACAAGCCCCUGCCCCAGCCCCCCAAGCCCCCCAACAGACUUGGUCCCCUGUAAGUGAAGGCCUCGCCAAACCUCCCGCUGAUCUGGAACCUGAGCCAGAGCUGGAGGGGCUGCUGACGCCCGUGCUGGAGGUUGGCGAUGCAGACGAAGGUGCUGUGACUCGGCCCCUUAGUCCCACACGGCUGCAGCCAGCGCUGCCGCCCGAGGCACAGUCAGUGCCGGAGCUGGAGGAGGUGGCCCGGGUGCUGGCGGAGAUUCCACGGCCCCUCAAACGCCGGGGCUCCAUGGAGCAGAGCCCGGCUGUAGCCCUGCCCCCCACCCACAAGAAGCAAUACCAACAGAUCAUCAGCCGCCUCUUCCAUCGUCAUGGUGGGCCUGGGGGCCCUGAGCCCGAGCUGUCCCCCAUCACUGAGGGAUCUGAGGCCAGGGCCGGGCCCCCUGCUCCAGCCCCACCGGCUCCCAUCCCACCCUCAGCCCCUCUCCAGAGCAGCCCACCAGAGCAGCCACAGAGCAUGGAGAUGCGCUCGGUGUUGCGGAAGGCCGGGUCCCCGCGCAAAGUCCGCCGUGCACGCCUCAACCCGCUGGUGCUGCUUCUGGACGCCGCACUGACCGGGGAGCUGGAGGUGGUGCAGCAGGCGGUGAAGGAGAUGAACGACCCGAGCCAGCCCAACGAGGAGGGCAUCACCGCCCUGCACAACGCCAUCUGCGGCGCCAACUACCCCAUCGUGGACUUCCUCAUCGCGGCCGGGGCCAAUGUCAACUCCCCGGACAGCCACGGCUGGACCCCGCUGCACUGCGCGGCGUCGUGCAACGACACGGCCAUCUGCACGGCGCUGGUGCAGCACGGCGCAGCCAUCUUCGCCACCACGCUCAGUGACGGCGCCACCGCCAUCGAGAAGUGCGACCCCUACCGCGAGGGUUACGCCGACUGCGCCACUUACCUGGCAGACGUGGAGCAGAGCAUGGGGCUGAUGUACAACGGGGUGGUGUACGCCCUCUGGGACUACAGCGCGGAGUUUGGGGACGAGCUGUCCUUCCGAGAGGGCGAUUCGGUCACCGUGCUGCGGAGGGACGGACUAGAAGAGACGGACUGGUGGUGGGCCACGCUGCGCGGCCAGGAGGGCUACGUGCCCCGGAACUACUUUGGGCUCUUCCCCAGGGUGAAGCCUCAGAAGAGUAAGGUGUAGCUGGAGAGAAAGUCGUUUCCAAGGGAGACAGGAUGAAGCAGCAGCUGCCUUCGCUCCAGACCUCCUCCUCCCUUCCCGCUGCAUCUCUCUGCAUCCCCAAGCCCUUGCAGCGGUGGGGUCCUUGCCAACAGCUCUCUGGAAACCCUGGGGAAAACGAGAACCCCAGCCUUAAACGUAGAAACCUGCCUUAGCUGUGGGAGGUCGUGGUGGGGCUGGGAAUAUCAUCGGGGGCAAGAGAGAUCCCCCCCAUUUGCCAAAUCAGGUCCCAUCCGAAGUGCCUCCUAUUUCCACUGCCAACCCACCCCCCCGUGCCCCCAAAGCAAGCUAACCCACCAUCCCAGCAGAGCCUGGAGUGGGUCACCGCCACUGGAUUACUCCGGGAGUCACCUGCGCCCCUUAUCUACCAGCAGCCUUCAGGGGCCAGGUGAGGCGUGGGCGUCUUUGUCUCUAUCAGCAUCCCUGCUCUAUCUCUCCCCAGUCGAGUGCCUUCACAUAGCGCUGGUGUGACAACAAAACGGGGAAUUUUCCUUUUUAAAUAAAGGUAGU